CUGGCCGGAAGCGGCUGCUUUCUGGGCCCGGCGGGACGUGCGCCGACGCGGAGUCGGACGCCGUGGGGGCGCCAGGGGGCGCCGGGAGUGGGUCCCGCCGGGCGGCCGCACGCGGGACUGGGGGCUGGUUUGGGGACGGACCGGAAGUGCCUAAAGUGGGCGACGGAGUGCCGCUCUGAGCACCUGGGGCCGCCACCACCCGCGGACCAUGUUCCUGGUGCGCCUGACGUCUCAGCUGCUGAGGGCUGUUCCUCGGGCAGGUUGCGGUCGGCCCUGGCCUAUCUCAGGGGUCCUAGGCAGGCCUUGCUACAGCACGCGGCCAACAGGCCCAAGUGGAGUUGCCUCCGUCCCUGGCAAGGGGCUCCAGCUGGAGCUUGAGGAGAUGCUGGUCCCCAGGAAGAUGUCCAUCAGUCCUCUGGAGAGCUGGCUGACCGCCCACUACCUCCUACCCAGACUAGAUGCCAGGACCCCAGGGACCGUGGCACCAUCUCAGCUCUAUGAGUGUCCACCUAGCCAAGUGGAAGGGGCUGAGCAGGGGAUGGAGGAGGUCUGGGAUGCACCCCAGGUGCAGUGCAAAAACGUACUGAAGAUUCGCCGGCGGAAGAUGAAUCAUCACAAGUACCGUAAACUGGUCAAGAGGACCCGGUUCCUGCGGCGGAAGGUCCGGGAAGGACGCCUGAAACGGAAGCAGAUCAAGUUCGAGAGAGACCUGAGGCGCAUCUGGCUGAAGGCGGGCCUGAAGGAAGCCCCUGCGGGCUGGCAGACCCCCAAGAUCUACCUGAGGGGCAAAUGAGUCCAGUGCUCCUCUCCCCCACCCCUGUUGCUGCUGAUGACCCACUGUAAUAAAUGUUUAGGAACUUA